CUUUCUGAUGCAGUAGAAAUCCUAGAGCUGCCAUGGACUACUAUACACCAACACAGAGGAAUCCCAACACUGGGGUUGUACCUUUGUUUUGCGGUUUUGCCUUUGGAAGUGCUGCAGUUACAGCUCAUGAGGCUUCAUCCAUCCUGAGCGCAGAUAAUCUCCAUCCUAUGGUGGUCAAGAUGGCUCGCAUCAUUGGCACAGCUGGCGUGGGAGCAGUGCUCUUCCCUUUGGCACUUGGUUUAGCCACGUUGAUGGCAUCUGCAGGGCUGGUUAUGGGUGCUUUAUCAACUGCAUCUGGACCUAUGAUGACCCUAGGUGCCAUGGGAGCUGGACUUUUGAUAGGAACAGGACUACAAACAGCGUUGUCAUUCGGUGUCUCUGGACUCUUAGUGACAGUCACUGUACUGUUGCUUGUUGGCUACGUAAUCAUGCAAUCCCACAACCACAGACAGACCAUAGAAGAAUGGAUGAAGGACAUCAAUGCUUCACAUGUUAUGGUAAUGCUGGCCAUGGCUUUUACUGGAAACCUUGUGGCUGUUGUCUUUGGAAUGGCAGAAGGAACACACAUCGAAAAGUCAAAGGGAAAAGCUUUGCAGUGCUUAGCAGGUGUGAGGGUCAUUCUUAUGAUAUUAUAUAUACUUCUGAUCCUGCUGCGAAUUGUGAUGUCCAAAAAUCUAUGGUCUGCAUUUGGAAAUUUGCCAUACUACACCGCCAUCAAUUUCCAAACCUGGGUGUUUCCUCUCCUUGCAGUAAUGGGAGGGUUUGUGGCUGGUUUGGGGGCUGCAUCGGAGGCUGAACCUGAAUCGGAAGCAGAUGUGGCACUGAUGCUGAGCUCAGUCCUCUGGGUGGGGGUCCUGUCUGCAGGCCUGCUGGGAGCUGCUAUAGGAGCGGUGGCUAUGGUUGGUUUGGGUGCUGUGGCGGCUGAGAGGGUUGCAAUGGAGGCCGCAGUGACAUCAUCUGUUGCCCUCAGACUCCUGCUCCCAGCAUGCCAUGUGACAGGGGUGGUGGGUAGUGUGGGGGGUCUGUUAGGGGGAGCUGUGGUGGCAGGGGGUUCUAUGGCAAUGGCAAGCCAUUAUUCACCAAUUAAUGGAAUAUGGUGCUGUCUCGGGGCACUUUUGGGAUCUGGUUGCUUUUUCUCUCUGGGGAAAAUAAGUACUUUUACUGUUCUGGUUAUUGCAGGAGCAGGAACAAGUUUCCCCUCCUGGGAGGAAGCCGCUCGAAUCCAGUUUGACCUUCUUGUCCUGUCUGCUUAUUUAGAGACAUCUGUAGAGGGUGCCAUAAUAAGUGCUUUACUGCUAGGCCUUACAACUGUAGGUUCAGCAUUGCUUGGUGGAGCAGCGCUAUGGACAGCUGCUCUGGGGAAGGUGGGCACCCUGGGAGUGCUGGGUGCUGCCUUGGUCUCACUCGGAGUGAGCACCAUGGAAAGACUGAGAACACUGGAGAACCCAGUGACAUUUGUGGAAAUGGCUGGCAGUCUCACAUUCACAUUUGCCAUUCUGUCUGGAAUCGAGCUUACAUACUUUAUACUUAAGUGACCACAUUGCAUUUUGAGAGUAAGACAUUGCAAAAAUGUGUGGUAAUCUAGGAGGGGCCAUCAGUGCCCAAAUAAACACAUGAAUUACUAUUACAUCUGGUUUGUGUGUUGCCAAUAGCAGCCACAGUGAGUUAAACUGCAUUUUUCCUCCAGAAAGGAAGUGAUUUAAUGUUGGGGCACCACCUGUUGGCUCUAUCCCGCAGUUUCUGAGCUCCUCACAGUCAUUGUUAACCCACUGUACAAUUUUGAAUGUUUAAGGUUGAUGAUGAUGUAUCAACUGCUAGUGUAACUCACGGUAAUAAAUAUGUUACGUCUUGCACUGCAUAUGAGACCAUGUGGACCUUGAACCAUUUAUUCUGAAGUGUUCAAUCAUUAAUUUUUAUUGAGCAUGACAAUCAAAUGGAUUGCGACUGUGACGUGCUUGAGCUGGAGGACAAAGGAACUAAGAUGAACAAUAAACAAAAAAGGCAUAAAACAAAAACUG